AUGACAACUUUCCUUCCUUACAUAAACCCUUCCGUUUCCACUCCAACACUGACACUUGCUCGCUCUUUCCCUCGCCUCUCUCACCAGCACAUCCAUCACCGCCGCAAAAUGUCAUCCAUGGAAUCCCUAAUUCUCCAACUCCACGAAAUCUCCGCCGUCAAGUUUGGUUCCUUCAAGCUCAAAUCCGGCAUAACCUCCCCAAUCUACAUCGACCUCCGCCUCAUAAUCUCUUACCCCUCCCUCCUCCGGCACAUUUCCCAAACCCUAAUCACCUCUCUCCCAACCGCCACCACUUUCGACCUUAUCUGCGGCGUUCCUUACACCGCUCUCCCAAUCGCCACCUCCGUCUCAAUCUCGAACGAUAUCCCCAUGUUAAUGCGCAGGAAAGAAGUGAAAGAUUAUGGUACUUCAAAGUCUAUCGAGGGAAAUUACCAGAAGGACCAGGCUUGUUUGAUUAUUGAGGAUUUGGUUACUAGUGGGACUUCUGUUCUUGAAACGGCUGCGCCUUUGAGGGCGGCGGGGUUGAAGGUGACGGAUGCGGUGGUUUUGAUUGAUAGGGAGCAAGGAGGCAGGGAGAAUUUGGAGGAGAACGGGAUUAGGUUGCAUGCGAUUAUUAAGUUGAGUGAGAUGGUUAGGGUUUUGAGGGAGAAGGGGAAAUUGGAAGAGGAAAUGGAGAAGGCGGUUUUGAGGUUUUUGGAGGAGAAUAAGAAGGUUGCUGUUGUUAAAGGGGUUGAGAAGAGUGUUAGGGUUAAAGGUUUAGGGUUUGAGGAGAGAGCCAAGUUAGCGAAGAAUGAAAUGGGGAAGAGAUUGUUUGAGGUUAUGGUUAAAAAGGAGAGUAAUUUGUGUGUUGCAGCUGAUGUUGGUACUGCUAAGGAAUUGCUUGAGCUUGCUGAGAAAGUUGGACCUGAGAUAUGUUUGUUGAAAACCCAUGUUGAUAUUUUGCCUGAUUUCACUCCUGAUUUUGGUGCAAAACUGCGCGCGAUUGCAGAUAAGUACAAUUUCUUAAUUUUUGAAGAUCGUAAGUUUGCUGACAUCGGUAACACAGUGACCAUGCAGUAUGAAGGGGGUAUCUUCCAUAUAUUGGAUUGGGCUGAUAUAGUUAAUUGUCACAUUAUUUCUGGUCCUGGAAUUGUUGAUGGAUUGAAAUUGAAGGGGUUGCCUCGUGGGAGGGGCCUCUUGCUGCUUGCAGAAAUGAGCUCAGCUGGUAACUUUGCUAAGGGAGAUUACACAGCCGCAGCAGUAAAAAUUGCUGAAGAACAUUCUGAUUUUGUGAUUGGCUUCAUCUCAGUAAAUCCAGCCUCAUGGCCAGGUCCACCAGUAAAUCCAGCAUUUAUUCAGGCAACCCCUGGAGUUAAAAUGGUCACUGGUGGCGAUGCCCUUGGCCAGCAGUAUAAUACCCCAUAUUCUGUCAUCUACGAUAGGGGUAGUGAUAUCAUAAUCGUGGGACGUGGGAUUAUAAAGGCAGCAAAUCCUGCAGAGGCAGCUCGCGAAUACCGUCUUCAAGGAUGGGAUGCAUACUUGGCUAAAUGCUCAUGA